AAUGCAAGCAGAACCUCUGCAGUGGUCUCGGUUGGUCUGGACAGGGUGCGGUAGUUCGUGAAAGUAGACGCUGACUUCAACAAUACCCCAGAACUAAAGGAUUUCAAUGGCCAGCCGACCAAACACAUCUUCUUACAAAAGGAUGUUCGGUGGAGAGCGACCAGCGAUGCUUCGGUCCACUUACUCCAGCCGGCAGUACAGCAGCCCGGUGCGCACAAGCUCGCGGGUGUCCUACAGCAGCGCGUCCUCCGCGUCUCCAUCCAUCUACAUGAGCAAGGGCGCGAGGGUGCGCACCAGCGCGCCGCUGCCCAGACUCGCCACCGAUACGCUGGACUUCGGGCUCGCCGAGGCCAUCAACACCGAGUUUAAAGCCAACCGAACCAAUGAGAAAGCGGAGAUGCAGCAUCUCAACGACAGGUUUGCCAGUUUCAUCGAGAAAGUGAGAUUUCUGGAGCAGCAGAAUAAGAUCUUGAUCGCGGAGCUGGAGCAGAUGCGGGGCAAAGGCUCGUCCCGGGUCAGUGAUCUGUACGAAGAUGAGAUGAGAGAACUCCGGAGACAAGUGGACCAGCUCACCAACGAGAAGUCCACGGUGGAGGUGGACCGGGACAAUAUGGGAGAGGACAUCGAGCGCCUCAAAGAGAAACUUCAAGAAGAGAUGCUCCAGAGAGAGGAUGCGGAGAACACCCUUCGGGGCUUCAGACAGGAUGUUGAUAAUGCCUCCCUGGCUCGUCUGGACCUGGAGAGAAAGGUGGAAUCCUUGCAAGAAGAGAUCGCUUUCUUGAAGAAGCUUCAUGAUGAGGAACUUGCUGAACUGCAGAUUCAGAUCCAGGAACAGCAUGUGCAGAUUGAUAUGGAGGUGGCCAAACCUGACCUCACCGCUGCCCUGAAAGACGUCCGGCAGCAGUACGAGACUCUGGCUUCCAGGAACCUCCAGGAGUCUGAGGAGUGGUACAAAUCCAAGUUUGCUGACCUAUCAGAAGCUGCUGCCCGUAACAACGAAGUGAUCCGUCUGGCCAAGCAGGAGGCCAAUGACUAUCGCCGCCAACUUCAAUCUCUCACCUGCGACUUAGAAGCUCUUAAGGGAACUAAUGAGUCCCUGGAGCGUCAGAUGAGAGAGAUGGAAGAUAACUUCUCCAUGGAGGCAUCUGGUUACCAGGACACCAUCGCUCAUCUAGAGGACGACACCCGCAAUAUGAAGGAUGAGAUGGCGCGCCAUCUACGUGAAUACCAGGAUCUGCUGAACGUUAAAAUGGCCCUGGAUAUUGAGAUCGCCACCUACAGGAAGCUGCUGGAAGGGGAAGAAAGCAGGUGA